UAUUCUGCAUUUUCAGAUUCCCCCUAUCACAGGCUCUCAUGAGAGGUACCUGACCACAUAGCAUUUCAUUAUGACCUUACAUCAUAUUGUGACCACCAGAUCCAUGGACAGGGUCAUCGUGCAAUUUCUUCAGUUCCAUAGAACUUUCCACCUGAAGGCAACUUGGAAAGAUAUCAGUAGGCGUAGAAACAUCCUGCAGAGCGUUUGGGAAAGAUGGGGACCUGCUCUCUGCACUGGUUCACCUCCAAAGGGUUUUGAGAAGUAUUUCCCUGGGGGAAAGAAAGAUGCAAAAAAACAAGAAGAAACAGAGGACAAACAAGACCCUGAAUCUCUUCCCCCACCACCAAAGAGGGAGUCUUCGAGUCCUCCAGGCAGCAAAGAUCCGCCAUGGAAGGAUUUUAAUAUUUUCAGCACAUCUCGGGGUUCCAAAACUGGAGGUGGAGGAGGAGGAAUGGGAGAUGGAGAUCGAGAGAGACUGGUUGCCAUUGGAGUUCUCACUGCUCUUGGUCUCAUAGGAGCUCUCACCAUGUAUGAAAUGAGUUACCGUGAAAUCACAUGGAGGGAGUUUGUCAAUGACUACCUUGCCAGAGGAACAGUAGAGAAGUUGGAAGUCGUGAACAAGAAGUGGGUCCGUGUUCGUCUUCACCCAGGGGGCUCUGUGGAUGCAUCAACCACCCUGUGGUUCAACAUUGGGAGUGUGGAUUCCUUUGAGAGAAACCUGGAAUCAGUGCAGUUGGAGAUGAACACAGAGCCUCAAAAUUUUCUGCCUGUGAUUUAUAAGACUGAAUUAGAAGCAGCUUCCAUUUCUGGGAUUUUGCCCACUCUACUUAUCAUUGGUUUCCUUAUUUUCAUGAUGAGAAGAUCAGCACAAAUGAUGGGGGGUCGGCCUGGCAGAGGAGGUCGAGGCCUAUUCGGAGGUGUCAUGGAAUCAACAGCCAAACUUGUCAACCCCAGUGAAAUUGAAGUGAAGUUCAAAGAUGUUGCUGGGUGUGAGGAGGCCAAAGUAGAAAUAUUGGAGUUUGUCAAUUUUCUCAAGAAUCCUCAGCAGUAUUUGGAGCUUGGAGCCAAAAUUCCCAAGGGGGCCAUUCUCACAGGUCCCCCUGGAACAGGGAAAACCUUGUUGGCCAAGGCAACUGCUGGAGAGGCAAAUGUCCCUUUCAUCUCAGUUUCUGGAUCUGAGUUUUUGGAGAUGUUUGUUGGUGUUGGUCCUUCCAGGGUGAGGGAUAUGUUUGCAAUGGCUAGGAAGCAUGCUCCUUGCAUUCUGUUUGUUGAUGAGAUUGAUGCAGUUGGGAGAAAAAGGGGAGGCAGAAGUUUUGGAGGUCACUCUGAGCAGGAAAACACUCUUAAUCAGCUCCUUGUUGAGAUGGAUGGUUUCAACACUGCAACAAAUGUAGUAGUGCUUGCAGCUACAAAUCGGAUGGACAUCCUUGACCCUGCCCUGCUAAGGCCAGGACGUUUUGACAGGCAGAUUUUUGUACCUGCUCCUGAUAUCAAGGGUAGAGCUUCCAUCUUCAAAGUUCACCUCCGCCAACUCAAGACAAAAUUGGACAAGAUGGACUUGUCCAGGAAGAUGGCUGCCCUCACACCUGGUUUUACUGGUGCUGAUAUUGCAAAUGUGUGCAAUGAAGCUGCCUUGAUAGCAGCCCGUGAUAUGUUCCACGAUAUAACCAUGAAACAUUUUGAGCAGGCCAUUGAGCGAGUUGUAGCUGGUAUGGAAAAGAAAACAAAUGUCCUUCAACCAGAUGAGAAGAAGACUGUUGCAUAUCAUGAGGCAGGACAUGCAGUGACUGGCUGGUUCCUGGAACAUGCUGAUCCCCUCUUGAAGGUAUCAAUAAUUCCAAGAGGGAAGGGGCUUGGGUAUGCUCAGUACCUACCCAAGGAGCAGUACCUUUACACAACAGAGCAGCUGUUUGACCGUAUGUGCAUGAUGCUUGGUGGGAGGGUGUCAGAAAAGAUUUUCUUCAAUCGCAUCACCACUGGUGCUCAAGAUGAUCUCAAGAAGGUUACUCAGAGUGCCUAUGCUCAGGUUGUCCAGUUUGGCAUGAAUGAGAAGUUGGGCAACUUGAGUUUUGACUUGCCUUCCCAAGGAGAAAUGGUGCUGGAGAAACCGUAUUCAGAAGAGACUGCACAGAUUAUAGAUACAGAGGUCAGAAAACUUGUCCAGCGAGCCUACGAUAAAACUCAUGAGCUUCUCACAUCACAUAAGGGAAACAUCCUGAAGGUGGCUGAAAGACUCCUGGAGAAAGAGAUACUGAGCCGAGAAGAUAUGAUCGAAUUGCUUGGUCCCCGUCCAUUCCCUGAGAAAUCCACUUAUGAAGAAUUUGUAGAAGGGACAGGCUCAUUUGAAGAGGACACUACACUUCCUAAGGGACUUGAGAGUUGGAAUGAGGAAAGAGUUCCUGAAAAGGCCCAAAAGGAUGAAAAGGAACCAGCUGCCUCUUGACAUUGUCUAGUCAACAGAUGUGGGAUAUUUGCCAUAUAGUUCCAUCAUGCAUCAACCUGUUUUUUUUUUUUUUAGGC